AAUCAUUAGCCGGUCGAGGAAGUGUGCGUUUGAGGAUGCCGAAAUAUAAUUUGUGAAAACACCGGACCCAAAUAAUUUUGAAGUUUUGUAUGCGGAUCUUCGGUAAAAAUAGUUGAGUAGCCCUGUACUACAGUACUACACUGCAUCUUAAAAAACAAUAAGAACAUAAGGUAAUUGUGAUCAGUAUCAGGCUAUUUCAGUAUUUGAAGUUGUAAUAGCAUACUAAUCAUACUUUUUUACGCUGUAGAAGGAGGCUAUGUUGUUGUUGGUUUUGCUUCAUCCUUUUCUUUAUUACAUUAUUUGUUUUAAAAAUGUCUGUAACAGGCUGGCGUGAACCAAUCCAUCGAUUUUGUCAAAAUAUGUGCAAUAUAAUAGGUAAUUUUUUUAAUUACGGUAUAUCCAUGAUGACAUGAUAUAUAUUUUAUUUAGUUAGGUUCAUUCUGGUAUGAUUACAAUGGAUAGCAUAACAACAGAUUUAUACAAGAAACAACUUGAUCAAGUAAAUGAAGCAUUAAAAAGUCAAACGAAUAAUUCAGAUGUAAAAGACUUAUUGCAGUUGCGAGAUGAUCUGACUCAAUUAUUGAGUUUGUGUGUUGAUUGUUCAUCAGAAAAUACAACUGCAAUUGAGAAUGCAGAAUCAUUGGAAUAUGACAUAGCUACUGAUAGACAACAUGUAAGGAGUGGAACAACAUCAAAUAUAGAAGAUGAAUUGAGUGCAUUUUACAACAAUGAAUCACAAGCAGAAAAUGACCAGGACAAAACAGGUCAAAGCAAUCCAGAUAAUGUUGAUGCUGAUGGGCAUACUAUGGAUAACGAAUUAGCAAAUUUUUAUUCAGAGAUAUCUAAUUUGGAUACAGAAUGUCCUUCUUUGCAUAAGACUGAUGAAAGCUCAUUGUCAAUAUUUAGUGAAAAUAUUUCUAAAUGUGAAAACAAUGACUCGUCCGAUCCAAAAAAUGAAAUAUUUUUGGACAGUAUUGAAUAUGUGGAUGACAUAAGUGGUGUAAAAUGUCAAGCACCGUUUUCUACAGAAUGGUCAGGUACACAAUAUCACAAUGCAAUGAUACAAGUAGCAGUGGAAAAUGAUGAAAGUAUAUGUGAUAAGGCUGAUAAUGAAAUGAACGUUAAAGUACUCUUUUUGAACCCAAUUAUGAAAGAAAUGCAGCCUUGCCCAUAUUAUCUUGAAGGGAAUUGUAAGUUUGAUGAAGCUGGCUGUCGAUAUUCGCAUGGUUAUAUUGUCAAUAUAUUUGAGCUAAGGCCUUUUGUCUCUCCAGAUUACUCAAAUUUAACUGAAGGACAUAAAUGUUUGGCUAAAACACAGGAUGGAUUAUGGAAACCUGGUAUUGUGGUUAAAAUUGAAGACAAUCUUUACUCUGUUAGUUUUUUGCACAAAUCUCCAACUCUUACACUAGCUUUACAUGACCUUUUGCCUGAGACUAAUCAUAUUAUUAUUGAUGAAAAUGAAGUAGAUUCUGACGAAGACAUAUUAGUAGAGAUAACCCCCCAAAAUUUAUACAAAGAAUAUGGAGCAUCAAGUUCCAAAGGGAUGCCUCCUCGUUUAGGCUUAUGGGAAGAACACACUAACGGCAUAGGCUCGAAACUUAUGCAGAAAAUGGGAUAUAAAUUAGGUGAAGGCUUGGGUAAAAGCAGUCAAGGCCGUUUAGAACCUGUUCCAAUUGUCAUGCUUCCAGUUGGUAAAUCGCUCGACCAUUGCAUGGAAGUAAGACUUAAAAAGGGUGUAAAACACAUUGGCGAUACAAACCAAAAUACACAAGGAAGUGAAAAAGUACUUAGGAGAAAAAAACGUGACAGAUGUGUUUUUUCAUUCCUCAACAAGACUUUAGGUGUCAGUGAAGCUAAAAAAGACUCUAAAAAGCAAAUUGAAAUGCCUAAAGAUAUGUUUGGAAUAAAGGCUGGUACUGAACAAAAAAAUGUAAAAAAUUUUAAUAAACAAAUGAUGAAAAAUGAAGAUGACAUGAAAAAAAUUAAAGCAAAAGUUCUCAAAGUAAAAGAAUCAUUACGAAGGAACCAAUCUAAUCCUUCAGUCGUCAAAUCUUUGACUGAAAAACUCGACAAACUAAAGGAAGAUUUGACAAACAUGAAAGAACUGGAAUCUAAUAUUAAAAUUCAUAAGUCAAGAAUGGAAACUCAUAGAAAAAUGACAAGUUUUUGAUUGGUGUGCAAUACUUAAAAAGAAGAUAACAACA